AUGUUUCCCAAUAUGAUUCAAAUCAAGACAGCUGCUCUGGUUAUGCUUUUUGCUGGCCAAGCGCUUUCCGGACCCGUUGAAUCCCGACAAGCCUCUGUGAGCAUUGAUGCCAAGUUCAAGGCCCACGGGAAGAAAUAUCUGGGAAACAUUGGUGAUCAGUACAGAUUGAACGAGAAUGCAAAGACCCCGGCAAUCAUCAAGGCCGACUUCGGCCAACUGACUCCGGAGAACAGCAUGAAGUGGGAUGCUACUGAGCCACGCCAAGGGCAGUUCUCCUUCACAGGGUCUGACUAUCUGGUCAACUUUGCCCAGUCAAACAAGAAGCUGAUCCGAGGUCACACUCUCGUGUGGCACUCCCAGCUCCCAUCUUGGGUCUCUUCUAUCUCAGACAAAACAACCCUGACCAACGUUAUGAAGAAGCAUAUUACUACGGUGAUGAACCGCUACAAGGGCAAAAUCUACGCCUGGGACGUUGUAAACGAAAUUUUCAACGAGGAUGGUUCCCUUCGUAACAGUGUCUUCUACAAUGUCCUCGGCGAAGACUUUGUGCGGAUCGCUUUCGAAACAGCUCGUGCCACAGACCCAAAUGCAAAGCUCUAUAUCAACGACUACAACCUGGAUUCUGCCUCUUAUCCUAAACUGAGGGGCAUGGUUAGCCAUGUCAAGAAAUGGAUUGAUGCCGGUAUCCCAAUCGACGGAAUCGCUCUGAACGCUCUAGCCAGUGCAGGAACGAAGGAGGUCGCCAUCACUGAGCUUGAUAUUGCUGGCGCCAGCUCUACCGACUAUGUGAAUGUUGUCAAAGCUUGCCUAAACCAGCCAAAGUGUGUCGGGAUCACCGUGUGGGGAGUUGCUGACCCGGAUUCGUGGCGCUCCAGUUCGAGCCCAUUGCUUUUCGACGGGAACUAUAACCCCAAGUAUGCAUACAACGCCAUCGCAAAUGCCCUCUAG